AUGGCCUUCCAUGAAAGGGUUAAAAAUGUGGCCCUUUAUUACCUAUACUUGGCUGCCAGCCACCUCCUUGUAUACCCAUCUUAUGACAAACUGGCUCAACGCUACCUCAACACCGAUAUUGGAGUUUUUGAGAUGUACAAGAAGGCUGAUAUCUAUUUGAUGAAAGUGGACUUUGUGUUCGAGUUUCCAAGGCCAACAAUGCCCAAUGCUGUAUAUAUUGGAGGAUUUCAGUGCAAACCACCUAAACCUCUUCCUGAAGAAAUUCAACGAUUCAUGGACAGUUCAAAGCAAGGAGUGGUGGUGUUUUCAUUGGGUACCAUUGUUAACAAGCUUCCUCUUAACAUUGCCCGAGAAAUUGCAGCAGGCCUGGCCCAACUCAGGGAGCAAGUCAUUUGGCGUUACUCCGGAGAACCUCUGGACACCUUGGGAAAUAACACCAUGACUGUUGACUGGCUUCCACAGAAUGAUCUCCUCAGUCACCCCAACACCAAGGUGUUCCUGGCACAUGGAGGUGAGAAUGGUGUCUAUGAGGCCUUGUACCAUGGUGUCCCCAUCGUUGGAUUUCCACUGUUUGGUGACCAGUAUGAAAACCUGCUGCGUCUAAAGAAUAAAGGGGCUGCGGUUCUUCUGGAGAACUUGCAAGAUAUAACUCCCAAAGAUUUAUUCAAUGCAGUGCGCACAGUUAUUGAUGAUCCCUCCUACAGCCGGGCCAUGAAGCAACUUUCUGAGUUACACCGAGACACCCCUGUGCCUCCACGGGACCUGGCUGUGUUCUGGACAGAGUAUGUCAUGCGCCAUAAAGGAGCAGGUCACCUGCAGCCUGCAGCCAAUGACCUGGCCUGGUACCAGUACUACCUGCUCGACGUGAUUGGCUUUCUCCUCAUAACAGUUUUUGUUUCAGCCUAUGUGACAAUAAGAAUCUUUCGAGCCGUGCUAAGGACCUUCUGCUGCCGGAAACAGAAGAAACAGAAGCAGAAGAAGCCAUAA